CGCAGGGCAGGGAAAACUGGGCGCUGGGGACGAUCCCAGGCUAGGGAGCGGCGGGGAGGAGCCACCACCCUGCAGGUCCCCGAGAGCUUUAAAUUCUCCUGAACUGGGGCAGUCCCUUGCACUCUUACCGGCCAGUGUCGCCUCUCUUAACUCCCAGGGACACUUGUCAUCUGCUUUAGGUGGGCGAUGCUGUUGCUGAGUUGCAACUUGGAGGAGGAUGGUCUUAAGAAUUUGCUGGAGACAGGAGCAUCAGUCAACGCACCCCCGGAUCCCCAGGAGCAGUCGCCUGUUCACCUAGCUGCAGGUGGCGGCCUUGCUUGCUUUCUUCUCUGGCAGCUGCAAACAGGUGCUGACCUCAACCAACAGGAUGUUUUGGGAGAAACUCCACUUCACAAGGCAGCAAAAGUUGGAAGCCUGGAAUGCCUUAGUGUCCUUGUGGCCAGUGAUGUCCAGAUUGACGUAUGUAAUAAGAAUGGGCAAACACCUGAAGAUCUUGCUUGGUCAUGUGGCUUUCCAGAAUGUGCCAGGUUCCUAACAAUGAUUAAAUGUAUGCAGACAGCAAAAUCAUCAAGUGAGCAGCCUGAGGGUGACCCCCAUGCUCCUGUGCUGAGACAGAAGAGGAGUUUCAGAACUAUGGAGAGCAGAGUGUUGAAGAGAAAGUGCUGAUGUCUUGUUGGGCAAAAGGAAAGAAGAGGCUUGAAGAAGGGCCUCACUUCAGACAGAUCUGUAAGCCAUUGCUUUGGCUUAUCACAUGGCUAAACUCCUGAGGAGGAAAACUUUCUUCUAAGUGAAGAGAACAUUCAUGAAUACAUGUAUUUACAUGACUACAAUAUUUUGGAUGUGCAUGUUUUAUUACUUAAUUUAUUAAGAGAAUAUUCAAGGAA